AUGGUUCGAGUCGGCGUCGUCGGAGGUGGCCCCGCGGGCCUUUGCGCUGCUAAAAAUGCCCUUAAGGAAGGCCAUACCGUCCAGAUCUGGGAGCAAUGCUGCUCAAUUGGAGGUACCUGGGUGUAUAAUGAAGAAACGGGGACCCAUUCGAGUAUGUAUGAAGUGAUGAAGACGAAUCUACCAAAAGAAACAAUGGCAUUCCCUGGUCAUCCAUUUCCUCAUCAUCUACCCUCAUUUAUCACCCAUCAACAAGUUCUUCAAUAUAUAACGGAAUAUGGGGAACACAUCGAUGUUCAGCUGAAAACAUGUGUUUUGAGGGUUGAAAGGAAUGGCGAGAGAUGGAUGGUAGAGGUAGAGAAAGAAGGUGAAAAGAGACAAACGGAAGUGGAUGUGCUAUUUGUCUGCAACGGCCAUUAUUCCCAUCCAAAUCGACCGUUCGAUGAGAAACGCUUUACAAAGGGAUCGAUCGUUCACAGUCACGACUAUCGCUCGAAUAAGGGAUAUCGGGAUCGAAAAGUGGCUGUGGUUGGGGCUGGGCCAUCGGGGAUCGACAUUGCGCUACAGGUUGCGGAAGUUGCUCAAAAGGUGUUUCUGAUCGGGCGGUUCAUUGACGCUUACCAAGGGACCCCAGAGAAUUUGGAGCAGGUGGGCAUCCGCGUGAAGGACUUGGCGGCAGACGGUGUGGAGCUGGUCGACGGCAAUCUGGUGGCUUGCGAUGAUGUGAUUAUAACGACUGGCUAUUUCUACAGUUUCCCAUUCCUGCCCCCGGAAUCCGGCAUCGUCAUCGAGGAUGCGGGCCGUGUCGUGGGAGGGCUUUUCAUGCAACUCGUUUCACGCAAGUUCCCCACAUCGCUUUUCCUGGUCGGCCUUCCGUUUGUCGUGGUGCCGUUCGUGCUCUUCCAGGCACAGGUAACGUACGCGCUGGCGUUAGUUGACGGGACAGCAACACCGCCGAGUCCGGCUGAAAUGGAGGAAUGGGAUUUGAAGAAGCGGGGGGAUAUGUCGUCUCGACAUUUACCGACAAAAUACUACCACAUGCUCGGCGAUGAACAAUGGCCGUAUUUUGAGGAACUGUAUUGGCGAGCCCACUCAACCGCCCCGGCCUACAGCCCGGUGGUGCGCAAGCUGUUCGACUACACGGCAUUGCAACGAAAGGAGAACAUUGCCACCUACAAGGACAUCAACUUUGCUGUCGACGGCGACGAGUUCAGCGUCGUCGAA